AUGAUCAAACAGAAUGAGAUCAUCUCAAAAGUUCUCCUAUCUAUAGAGCAAUACAAAGGCAGUAUAGAUGCGUUCCGCUCCUCAGUGCUCCGCAAUGAGUACACUCCAGCGAAGAAGUACUACUCUAGACUCUUACUAUGGAAAGCCUGCGUUAUCACUGAAACGCUCACUAUCAGAGAUUGGGAACAAAAAUUGGCCCUGUCUCGUGUUGUUUACCAUAAGCUUCGCCAAGAGCAAGAAAUGAGCGUCCAGUGGCAUUUGCUAGACGAAGAUAAUGAGUUCUAUCUACCGCAGACACGAAGCUCUAAGGGACCUCGUCAAACAAACCCAACGUUAGUGCAUCUUCAUAGAAUAGAGAACGUCGCAGACGAUCCGUUGAGUCAGGAUGCUCAUUCGAGUCUGCGACUGUCAACAACAGAAUUGGACUUGGAUCUCUUGAUGACGUUGAUCAUGGACGUUCAGCGACUCUUCCCGGGUGAGAAGCUCUUCCACGAUAAUAGUGCGAAAGCGCUAGAUCGAAAGAGACAAAUGGUUUCAAUCCUUUACGUGUGGGCGAAAUGUAAUCCUACAAUCGGAUAUAAGCAGGGCAUGCACGAAAUCUUAGGACUCAUGUUUCUCAAUAUGAGGAAGGAACUGGUGCUGCUUCCGCAAACAAAUACUGUUUCGGCAGAUGACCGUCAGAUUCUUCUGCUAUAUGACGAGAAAUACCUCGAGCAUGAUUUGUUCACCAUAUUUAAUAGAUUUUUUGUCACCAGCGGUGUUGUUCUGCAAUUUUUUGCCAGUGAAGCCGACCUUAUGGCGUCCAUUAACGUCUUCAACAUUUACCUAAUGAAAGUUGAUCAACUAAUCCACUAUAAUUUGGUCACAAAGCUACGUUUAGAGUCGCAACUAUGGGUCAUUCGCUAUUUUAGGCUAAUGCUCUUGCGGGAGUUGGGGAACGAUCUAGAACUUCCGUCUUUACUCUGGGACAAGUUAGCUGCGAUGGAUGCUCACACUGGGCUGGAUCUUGUACCGGAUACAAUUGCAUUUUUGGUUGUGGUUCUCUUGGUGCACAUCAAAUCCGAGUUAAUUGUAUGUGAUUUUUCGGAGGCCUUGUCGUUGCUUCUUCACUACCCAAUUGCUGCGAAAUUGAAGCAGAACCCGCAGUUUGUAGAUCUGAUCUUCCAGGAUGCCCUCAAACUCGCCGAGCACAAGAAGGAUGACAUGAAGUUAUACGAAUAUGGCCGGAAAAUGAACAAAAAAUACAAUAGCAAGCUUAGGAUCAACUUGGGCUACACGCUGCCAGCUAAUGGAAUCGCAAGUCCUACCACGCUCAGCAGAUCAAACUCGCCAUCUCCAGCACCUGCAGCUUCCAAACCACCACCUGAUUCGAAGGCAGAGAAAAUGGCCUUUGAAAAAUACAGACUUGAAAUGAGACUCAAGAAAAGAGCUCAAGAAAUGAUGAGUAAACAGUAA